AUGGACGUAGGAGAGUUGUUAUCAUUUAAGCCCGAGCAAACUCCAAAGCGCCCGUCCGAUUUUGAACGGGAUCACCAUAAUGACGACGACGAUGAACACUCACCGGAACCGGAACCGGCCCGCAGCCAACCGCCGAAAAAAGUGCAUCGGUCCGAACAGAGCGCAAGUGCCCGUGAGCAUCCAGCUCUGCCUGCCAGGGAGCCGCAAAUUAGCGAAGAAGAGCGGUUAAACAUUCUAAAGUUUGUCGAAACGGAAGAACCGGACGGUGAGGUGCUGGAUGAGAGUGGGCUCAAAAAGAUGCUGCUGCUGUUCGAAAAGCGUGUCCUGAAAAAUCAAGAAAUGCGUAUCAAAUUCCCAGACAAUGCGGAAAAAUUUAUGGAAAGUGAGAUCGAGCUGAACGACGCCGUACAGGAGCUUCACGCGGUGGCUACGGUGCCCGAUCUGUAUCCACUGCUAGUCGAACUGAACGGUGUUGCCAGCUUGCUAGACCUGCUGUCUCACCAAAAUUCGGACAUCAGCGUGGCUGUUGUUAACCUACUGCAGGAGCUUACCGAUGUGGACAUUCUGCACGAGAGCCUGGACGGUACAGAAACACUGAUAGAAGCGCUCCGUAGUCAGCAGGCCGCGGGACUGUUGGUACAAAACCUGGAACGUUUGGAUGAGUCUGUGAAAGAGGAAGCGGACGGUGUCCACAAUACGCUGGCUAUCUUUGAAAAUCUCAUCGAAGUGAGGGCCGACAUCGCCAAGGAGGUGACCGAUCAGGGUUUGCUGCAGUGGAUUAUGAAACGUUUGCGAGCGAAAAUCCCGUUCGACGCGAACAAACUUUACUGCAGCGAAAUUCUUUCGAUAUUGCUACAGGACACGAACGAAAAUCGUAUCACGCUGGGCAAUAUAGACGGUAUCGAUGUGCUGCUACAGCAGCUAGCCGCCUACAAGCGGCACGAUCCGAGCUCGGCCGAGGAACAAGAGUUCAUGGAGAAUCUGUUCAACAGCCUGUGCUCAGCGCUGAUGGCGAAGGAGAACCGUGAAAAGUUCCUGAAAGGCGAAGGGCUACAGCUGAUGAAUUUGAUGCUACGUGAAAAGAAACUGUCACGCAAUGGUUCACUGAAGGUGCUGGACCACGCAAUGGCCGGACCGGACGGGCGUGACAACUGCAACAAGUUCGUCGACAUUCUUGGCCUGCGUACAAUCUUUCCACUGUUCAUGAAAACACCGAAACGCAGCAAGAAGCGACUGCUCAGCACGGACGAGCACGAGGAGCAUAUCGUGUCGAUUAUUGCCAGCAUGCUGCGCAACUGCAAAGGAUCCCAGCGACAGCGGCUGCUGUCCAAAUUUACCGAGAAUGAGUUCGAAAAGGUGGAACGUUUGAUGGAACUGCAUAGGAAGUAUCUGGAAAAGGUGGAAACGAUGGACCGGGAAAUUGAUCAGGAAAUGCAAAUCGACGAAGACGACGAGCAGAACGAUGAUGUGGUGUACGUGAAGCGUCUGUCAGGCGGUCUCUUUACACUGCAGCUGGUCGAUUACGUGAUACUCGAAAUCAGCUGCAUGGAUGUCGUGAAGCAGCGCGUCCUAAAGAUACUGAAUCUGCACAACGGUUCGAUGAAAAUGAUACGCAACAUUAUGCGCGAGUAUGCUGGUAAUUUGGGCGAUGCUAGCGAUAGCGAUUGGCGCGAACAAGAGCAGGCCCACAUACUGCAGCUCAUCGAUCGUUUCUAG